AGCCUAUCUUUUGUGUGCAUUUUCUUCUUGUUUCCUCUACAACGAGAAAUGCAUGAAACAGUAAGUUUUUCUGGUUCGAUGCUAUCUAAUAGUUCAGAAUGUAGAUCUUGUGGUUAAGUAUUGAGCAGAUAGUGUGAACAUGGUGUAUGCUCGAAUCAUUAUUUUUGUUAUGGAUGCCAUGAUCGAACCUAAGCAUUUGCUGAAGGGGUUAACUGUUAUACACACAUUAGAGCUUUUAGUUUAUCAGUUUAUGCAUAUUAUCUGAUAUGUUGUUUGUUGGACGUGAUGGAUUUUUUCUGCGGCCAUGACAAGUUUAAUCUCAGAAUUAGGUUAAUUUUUGUCUAUCGCAGAUUAAAAAGGAAGGAAAAUGGUGAAGAUUUGCUGCAUAGGAGCUGGAUAUGUUGGUGGUCCCACCAUGGCCGUCAUUGCACUCAAAUGCCCCAAGAUUGAAGUGGUUGUUGUUGAUAUCUCUGUGCCUCGCAUCACUGCCUGGAACAGUGACCAGCUCCCCAUCUAUGAGCCAGGGCUUGACGAUGUGGUCAAGCAAUGCCGAGGCAAGAACCUCUUCUUCAGCACAGAUGUGGAGACACAUGUACGUGAGGCGGAUAUAGUUUUUGUUUCUGUCAACACUCCUACCAAGACUAGAGGUCUUGGGGCAGGCAAGGCUGCAGAUCUUACCUACUGGGAAAGUGCAGCCCGUAUGAUUGCCGAUGUCUCAAAAUCUGACAAAAUAGUUGUUGAAAAAUCAACAGUUCCAGUAAAAACUGCUGAGGCAAUUGAAAAGAUUUUGACCCACAACAGCAAGGGAAUUAACUUCCAGAUCCUCUCAAACCCUGAAUUUCUUGCAGAGGGUACCGCAAUUGAAGACCUCUUUAAACCUGACAGGGUUCUAAUUGGAGGCCGGGAAACUCCAGGAGGCCAGAAGGCUAUCCAAGCAUUGAAGGAUGUUUAUGCUCAUUGGGUUCCCGAAGCCAAUAUCAUUACCACCAACUUGUGGUCCGCUGAGCUCUCAAAGUUGGCUGCGAAUGCAUUCUUGGCACAAAGAAUCUCUUCUGUCAAUGCCAUGUCAGCUCUUUGUGAAGCUACAGGAGCAAACGUUUCACAGGUGGCAUAUGCUGUUGGUAAGGACUCAAGGGUUGGUCCCAAGUUCCUCAAUGCUAGUGUUGGUUUUGGUGGAUCUUGCUUCCAGAAGGAUAUUCUGAACCUUGUUUACAUUUGCGAGUGCAAUGGUCUGCCUGAGGUUGCUGAAUACUGGAAACAAGUUAUCAAGAUUAAUGACUAUCAGAAGAGCCGUUUUGUCAAUCGCGUUGUAGCCUCUAUGUUCAACACAGUCUCAAACAAGAAGGUUGCAAUUCUAGGUUUUGCUUUCAAGAAGGACACUGGCGAUACUCGAGAGACCCCUGCUAUAGAUGUAUGCAAGGGACUGUUGGGGGAUAAGGCUAAAUUGAGCAUAUACGAUCCUCAGGUGCAAGAGGACCAAAUCCAGAGGGACCUCGCGAUGAAGCAGUUUGACUGGGAUCAUCCUCUUCACCUCCAGCCAAUGAGUCCCACUACCAUGAAACAACAAGUCACUGUUACUUGGGAUGCGUA